GGAAGGGGGAGGAGAGAAAGCUAGUCAUAUAAAUCAUCAUACAUAUCUGUUGAGCUGGACACAUCUCACAGUAGGCAGAACAGACACACUACAGACUCUCUCAGACACUCUGCUGAUUUUCUCUCACACCACAUUUUGACAACAAGUUUUAUUGGUUUCAAAAACUGAGAUCUGGAUAUAAUUUCUGUUUGACUGCUGGGCCGACGAGGGGUCAUGGAUCCAAUUGUGGAAGUAGUGGCUUUGGUGCUGUCGUUCAUUGCCUGGGUGAUGGUGGGGGUCUGCCUGCCGAACCGUUACUGGAGGACCUCCACCGUCGACGGGAACGUCAUCACCACCUCCACCAUCUAUGAGAACUUGUGGAUGUCUUGUGCGACGGAUUCGACCGGGGUGCACAACUGCAGGGAGUUCCCUUCGUUGCUCGCUCUGAGUGGUUACGUCCAAGCGUCUCGCGCCUUGAUGAUCACAGCCAUAGCGUUUGGCACCUUUGGACUGGUGGCGGCCCUGAUAGGAGUGCAGUGUUCGAAGGCUGGAGGGGAAAACUAUAUUCUCAAAGGGAGAAUCGCCGGCACUGCUGGAGUCCUUUUCAUACUUCAAGGUGUGUGCACAAUGGUCGCGAUUUCCUGGUACGCCUUCAACAUCACUCAGGAAUUCUUUGACCCUUUCUAUCCCGGGAUAAGGUAUGAAAUAGGAGAAGCUCUUUACAUCGGUUGGUGCUCCGCUGUGCUUGCCAUCGCCGGAGGAGCCUGUCUCACCUGCUCCUGCAAAAUGGGCACAGAGGAAAAAUACCCGUUGCCUUAUCAAUCCAGAGGAACUGUAUAUUCUGGAGCGGCACCGACCAGAAGCGUGGCUGCUAGCACUUACGGACGAAAUGCUUACGUCUGAACAGGAUACGAAAACAAAACUUUGUCACAAUUUUGAAGAGGAAAGAAAUCUCAUCUCUUACAAAAUCCUGGUGUAAAAGUUUGUCAUCGCCUCAGUUUUCGUUGAUGCAUCCAACACGUGUUCAGCGUUUACACUUCAGAUGGAGCUUUUUGUCCAUCGGAAAAGCUAAAUGUCCAUCAUGAAGCGCCACUGAACUGUAUAUAAUCCCAAUAUCAAGGGUGUAUUCUGUAAACUUUAUAGCAUUGAAAUGAUAGCGUUGAAGUUGUAAAAGUUGUAAAAAGCGAAGCUACUUGUCACCUUGUCACUGCACAAACGUACUGCAUGCUUGCAGUGAUUCUAUUUAUGUUUCCCUGAUGACGUUAGCACAAAUACAUUUACAUACAGUCACUUAUUUCCAAAGGAAUCCAAUAAUUUGAUGAUCUGCAUACACACUUUUAGACAUUUGUAAAUGGGAAGGUCAAACCUGUGAUGAUCCAGAUAUUUGUGUGUGAUGUUUUGUACAGUUUUAUAGAUAGUACCCGUGAAAGAAGGUGGAGUUAACAAAGUUAUCUUUAUUUAGUUUUUGUUUUUUUUACAAUAGCGUACAAUAAAAUGUGUUAUGCUAAA